AUGGGCACCUUGUACAACGUUCUUUUUGAAUUUGAGCUUGCCUUUUUGGUCGAACACCAACAACAGCGCUUCUUCCUGCAACACACACACACACACACACACGCACAACCGACAAUGUCAAAGGAAUGGAUUCAACAACGCAUGGCACUCUUACGGAAGCAAGCUGGAUUUGCCUUUCACCAGGAUCUUGCCAUUUCGAUUCUUCUGUGCCUAAUGUCUGGCAGAGAUAAGCACCUUGUCUUGACUGCUGCACCUCAUCGAUUACAAGAAGUGGCUCAAAUGGCAACCAUGUUAUCACGAUCUCUGUUUGGAUUCUCUACGGCCAACGUCGUAUGUCAAGAGCAGCAGACACCUUCUGAUUUGAUACAUUCGCUAUUCGCUGCCACGCUUGAAGAUUACAUGGAUGUUGCCUCUGAGCAUCGGCACAGCAGCUAUCAUCGCAUUUAUGGCGACUCGUUACAUCCAUCCGACUCGGGUCCUUCUUCGAUCAACAAUCGUUCUCAUCGUCAAACACAAUCCAUGUUCCAUAACGACCAUUCACCUUCAUUAUCAUCGUUUCCUAGUAUCAUCAGCAAUCGAAGCUAUCAUGAUGACGAUACAAGGAACAUGAAUCCUGUGAGUCCAGUGGAUUUCAACGUAUCAUCGAGACGACGCACACCUGCACCACCUCCACUUUCACGAUAUACCCAGCACAACUCAUCCGAUAUGGUCACCUCUCGCCGUGAUACCCUUCUUGGUCCUCAACCUCCUUCUACCACAAGUGCACCUUCGCCUUCCAUUCGUCGAGAUUCGGAUUUAGAUAUCACUGCACGAUCGAGUGGAAAACUCGCACAAGCGGUUGUUAUACAGCGUCUCGAUGAAGCCGAUCCUUUGGUUCAAGCUACUUUACUCGAGCUCAUUGUUACCAAGGAACUCAAGAUGGGUAAUGCAAGGUACACGGUACCCAAGCCGCAUUUUCUCGUGAUUCUAGUACUACCAAGGACCCAUGAGCGAUCCUCAGUAUCCUCACAGCUGCUGGACAGGUUCUUUGUGAGUUUUGAUUUUGAUGAGGAUACAUUUGGCAACUCUUUUUCAUCAGCUCGAGGAUUUGGGCGACGUAUGGCGCUUAUCAAGAAUGAGGAAAUUGCAAGUUUGGCGACGCAAGCAUCACGUGUGUUCAUCAACAUUGACAUUACCCGGUAUAUACGAGACAUUGUGGUGGGUGUAAGAACACAUCCAUUGGUACAAGGAGGAUUGACAGCACGUGCAUCACAAGAUCUGGUCAAAGUGACAAGGUCACUGGCAACACUGUUUCAAAGGGAUUAUUUGACUCCUGAUUUGGUAUCGAUUGCAGCAAGCAAGGUGCUGGGUCACCGGAUCCGACUUUUGCCUCAAGCACUGGAUGAUCAAGGCACACCUUAUCGCACAACAGCAGAUGUAGUAGCCGAGGUCUUACGAGUUGUCUAUGUACCCAUGUAA